GACACACAUUAUCUCCACCAUAGUUAGAAAAAAAAAAAAAAAUUUGUACACCUCACUCAGAAAUUAUAGUACAUCGCACAUGGUGGCUGGUGGUGGAGAAGACUCAUGCGGGUUCGAUGGGGGUGGUCCGCCUUGGAGAAAUUCACUUCAGGGACACCCCCAUUGCUACUGUGGUGAUCUAGCUUAUGUUUGGACUUCUAGUAGUAGAGCAAAUCCUGGUCGUCGAUUCUUCGGAUGUCCACACUAUGAGAACGAUGAAAGUCGAGGAUGUGAUUACUUUUGUUGGAUCGAUAAAUCACAUGGUAAGAGAAGUACAGAUGCUACACCUGGAUUGCGAAACCAAAUCAAGAUUUUCGAAGAAGAUAAGAAACGCAAUGAGAAUGUUAUUAGAAAAUUAAUUUUUAUCAUUUUUAUUUGCCUUCUCAUCAUUGUCCAACUUAUAUUGCGUUGAAGAUAUGGGUUGUCCCAAAAUGCAAAUGUUUUGUAUGUCUUAUGUUCUCAAAA